GUACAGGAGCUUUGAGCUUAACAAUUUUCACUAUGAAUUCUUCCAUGCAUGAGCUCUCUGUGCCUGUAUCUGUUUAUCUCAUUCUUCUUAUUGUUCUUUCUCCUACUGCAUCUGGAAGGAAUGUUCAUCUGCAAUCUGAUAUCCAUAAAUCAAGUUUGCCGAAUCUGAACAAAGGGUUGAAGUCCUCUGCAAUAGUCGACAAGGACACCAUUUCCAAGGAAUUUAUAUCUGCAAAUCAGGACGCAACUACCCAGACCCGUGAAAAGCAUGCAAACAAGGACAGGAUGGUAGAACAAACUAUGGAGAUUGCAGGGUCCAGCUUGCCAGAUUGUUCACAUGCUUGUGGUUCAUGUAAGCCUUGCAGAAGAGUGACAGUGAGCUUAAUGUGCUCCGUGUCAACAGAGGAGUCAGAAUCGUGUCCUAUGGCUUAUAGAUGUAUGUGCAAGGGAAAAUCAUUUCCAAUUCCAUAGGUUUUAGGGGAAACUGGGGCACAGAAAACCAGUCACUUCCUGUAUUGUAUUAUAGAAAGCUAUUAUUUUUGCUAGUUAUAUGCAUUAGACUGGCAUAGCGUAUAUAAAAGUGUGUUGUGUAACACGAGCUUGCAUGUAUAGUCAAUGGAGAUUCAUUGUAACUUAUA